ACCGCCGCAUCUCCAAUUCUCAUGAGACUCGCGAGACCCUUUUCCCGCCUCUUUGGCAGUUCCUCCUCCUCCUCUUCCUCCUCCUUGACGGCCCAUAAACGGCAGGAAGUAGCCAAGAACACACUCUGCAUCAACUCUGCAAAAGAGCUUCACGCACAUCUUAUGAGAAUUCUUCUUCACACAGACCCAUAUUCAAUAUCCCCUGUAAUCAAGUCAUACGUACUCUCUCCCUCUCAUCUGCACAAAGCGCACCUUAUAUUCAGUCAAUUUGAGCGACCCACAUGGUUAUUAUGGAGCCACAUGAUCCAUGGUUUGUCUCUAAGUGAUCGACCGGAUGAAGCCAUUAACUUGUACCAUAAAAUGUAUUUUCAAGGUUUUGCUGGGAAUAAUUUGACGUUUAUAUUUGUUUUCAAGGCCUGUGCUCGGGUUUCGGACGUUCUGCGUGGUCAAAAGUUUCGUGUUCGUGCUUUAAAACUUGGGUUUGAGUCGUAUCUUUUUGUUGUAAAUGCAAUGAUUCACAUGUAUGCCUGUUGCGGUGAUAUGGGUUCUGCAAGGAAGGUGUUUGAUGAAAUGGCUGAGAGAGAUUUGGUCUCUUGGAAUUCUUUGAUUUGUGGAUAUAGUCAAUGUAAUAGACAUAAGGAGGUGUUGGCGUUGUUUUGUGCAAUGAAAGAAGCUGAUGUGAAGGCUGACUCGGUGACAUUGGUGAAAGUCAUUUUAGCUUGUAAUUAUAUAAGUGAUGUUGAUUUGGCUGAUUCUGUGGUUAAGUAUGUUGAAGAAAAUUGUAUUGCAAUUGAUGUUUAUCUGGGAAACACUUUGAUAGAUAUGUACGGUAGGCGUGGUUUGGUGAAUUUGGCAUGGAAAGUCUUUGAUAGGAUGGGCAAAAAAAAUUUAGUUUCUUGGAAUGCAAUGAUCAUUGGUUAUGCAAAAGCAGGGAACUUGGUGGAAGCAAGAAAGCUAUUUGAUCAUAUGCCACAAAGGGAUGUGAUUUCAUGGACUUCAAUGAUCACAGGUUACUCUCAAGCAAAUCAAUUCUUGGAGGCACUGAGUUUUUUUCAAGAAAUGAUGGCAGCUAAUGUGGUACCAGAUGAGAUUACAGUGACUAGUGUUCUUUCGGCUUGUGGUCAUUUAGGCUCUCUUGAUGUUGGAGUGGCAGUUCAUGACUAUAUCAGAAAGCAUGACAUAACAGCUGAUGUUUAUGUUGGGAACUCUCUGAUAGAUAUGUAUUGCAAAUGUGGUGUGGUUGAGAAGGCAUUGGAAGUAUUCCAUGAGAUGAAAGAAAAGGACUCAGUUUCAUGGACAUCGGUCAUCUCUGGACUUGCUGUUAAUGGCUUUGCUGAUUCUGCACUUGAACUUUUUUCUCAGAUGUUGAGAGAAUGUGUUCGGCCAACUCAUGGAUCCUUUGUUGGGGUUUUACUGGCAUGCAGCCAUGGUGGAUUGGUAGAUGAAGGAUUGGAGUAUUUUGGAAGUAUGGAAAAUGUAUAUGGACUAACCCCGGAAAUGAAGCAUUAUGGCUGUGUGGUAGAUCUUCUAAGCAGGUCUGGCUAUCUUGACAGGGCCUACCUAUUCAUAAAAGCAAUGCCUAUAGAUCCAGAUAUUGUACUAUGGAGGAUACUAUUGAGUGCAUGUAAGCUUCAUGGAAAUUUGACCUUAGCUGAGAUUGUAGCAAACAAGCUUCUCGAACUGGAUCCUUCCAACAGUGGGAAUUAUGUUCUCUUGUCAGAUACUUAUGCAGGUUCAAAUAGGUGGGAUGAUGCUAAGGAAAUGAGAGAAUUGAUGCAGGAGAGCAAUGUGCAGAAGCCAUCUGGUUGGAGCUCCAUUGAGGUAAAUGGGACAACAUAAAAAGCCUCAGAGGACCAGCAUUUCUCCAAUCCUCAAAGAUUAAGCACUGAAUGGUCCCACUAACAUUGGAUUUCCUUAUGUCAUAGCUCUUAGCAGCAUGCUAUCUCUCAAACUAUUAGUCUCCAAAAGGACAUGCUACAAAGGAAAUGGCUAGAGUUUAUAUCACAACAUGUAAACAGCUUGGUGUAUUAUCAAUGUUAGGUAAUCCUGGGCUCCUGGCCCUGGGUGGUUCUGGAGGUUGUGGGCAGCUAUCAUGCUUAUGUUGGGACACAACUGUGGCUUGAGAGCUUUUUAAAUCUGGUGGUUCAAAUGAGGGCAAGAAUCUGUGAAGAGAAUUAUCCUUUCUUCAGUCUGAGGCUAAUUGGACGAGGAUUUCGUGCAAGGAAGAUAAACCAAAAUGGUUUUCUCAUUGAUGAUGUUCAAGGUAGCUAGCUACUAUCAGGAAUUCUUGUACCGUUGGUGAAUGGCUUUCUUAAAUUUUGAGUUAAGAGUGAGGGGCCAUGGAUAUUUUGUGCUUCAAUUCAUGGAGUUUUCUGCUGUAGCACUACUGCUGUACAGGUUUUUGAUUCAUUGCCAAUUGAUUCCUGGAAAUAAAAUAUGAUUUCACCC